AUGGUCAUGGACGUCGCUCGUACGUCCAUGAUGCAUGCGGCUGCCCCCCCAAUUUCUGUGGCCGUUUGCGGUUCGGGAUCUCGGGCGUUUUUCCGCGACUUGUCUGCGGACAAGCUGUCCCCUCGUGCUGCUCCUUGCGUCUUCCUGGGUUUCCCCCCUGACGCGCCGGGGUGGCAGUUCUACCACCCCACCUCUCGCCGUGUUCUGUCCUCCCAGGACGUCACGUUUGACGAGUCGGUCCCCUACUACCGCCUCUUCCCCUACCGCACUCCGUCCCUUCCCCCGCCACCGCUCUUCCUUGUGUCAGGUCCCCCCCCGGUAGACCCCCUCCCCCCUCAGGGUCCUGCCCCUUCAGGUGUGUCCCAGGUAGACGCAGUCGACCCUGUCGAGGUUGCUGGUGACUCAGGUGCUGCUCAGGGUGCUGAGCCUGGGGGUGCUGACUCUGGGGGUGCUGAGCAUGUGGGUACUGCGCCUUGGGGUGCUGAGCCUGAGGGUGCUGAUGAUGAGGCCUGA